AUGGGGGUUUUGCCAUUAAUUCAGGGGUUGAGGACCCCUGACUUAAAAGACAGAGUUCAGGCAGCAAAGGAGAAUGGAAGGCCUUUUCACAAGACGGUGCCGAAAGUGAAGAGGGAAGCUCCUGCCCCUCCUAAAGCCAAAGCCAAAGUGAAGGCUUUAAAGGCCAAGAAGGCAGUGUUGAAAGGUGUCCACAGCCACAAAAAAAAGAAGAUCCACACGUCACCCAUCUUCCAGCGGCCCAAGACACUGCGACUCCGGAGACAGCCCAAAUAUCCUCGGAAGAGUGCUCCCAGGAGAAGCAAGCUUGACCACUAUGCUAUCAUCAAGUUUCCGCUGACCACUGAGUCUGCCAUGAAGAAGAUAGAAGACAACAACACACUUGUGUUCAUUGUGGAUGUUAACGCCAACAAGCACCAGAUUAAACAGGCUGUGAAGAAGCUCUAUGACAUUGAUGUGGCCAAGGUCAACACCCUGAUUCGGCCUGAUGGAGAGAAGAAGGCAUCUGUUCGACUGGCUCCUGAUUACGAUGCUUUGGAUGUUGCCAAGAAAAUCGGGAUCAUCUAAACUGAGUCCAGCUGCCUAAUU